AUGUAUGCCGUCGGACUUACCAUUCUUCUGAUAACGUCUCUCCCGCCCUUGCUGAGGCAAGGCUCCGGACUUCCCGGUCUGAUAGUCGCCCUAAUUAUAAUCAGUCUUGGUGUCGGAGGUGUCAAGUCCACGUUGCCGCCAUUCCUAGCGGACCAAUGCCAUGCGUCCAAGACUAGAAUCAGCAUCUCCAAGACAGGAGAGCGAGUCAUUGUUGACCGAGAGGCAACCGUCGAGUAUGCUUUCAACGUCUACUACUGGUGUGUGAAUAUCGGUGGCCAAGCCAUUGUUGCAUCAACAUUGCUCGAAAAGAACAUUGGUUUCUGGGUCGCGUUUCUGAUAUGCACGUGCGCCAUCUUCCUUGGCCUCACUCUGCUCUUCCUGGGCCGAAAGCAUUAUGUCAAUCUUCCUCCAGACGGCAGCGUUCUCCCAUCGGCAUGGAAAGUCAUCUGCAUUGCCGUCAGACACGGGUUCCGGCUAGACGCCGCCAGACCUAAAAAGGUGGCCGAGGAUACUGGCAAGACAGUAAAGUGGCGUGACAGCUUCAUCGAGGAGAUGAAAAAAGCGUUGGUCGCCGCGCGCAUUGGGUGA